CAGUCAUAAUAGUACAUAAUUGCCUUAAGUAAUUUUGACCUAUUUUGUGACAAUUUUGACUACGCUUUAUCUGACAAUUACCCUUACUUCUCCUUGUUCUUCGGACUGGCAUUUUUUCACUCAUAACCAACUGCGACCAAGGGACUGACUGCAUAGCGAUGAUGAAGUCACAUCCCAACGGGCACCUCUCCCAUCUCAACCGAACAGAUGGUUCAGCAACACUUUCUAAUGAAGGGUAUCAAGUGGUUGCAAGCGUGAACGGGCCGAUGGAGGCGCAGAGACGUGAGGAAAACCCUUUCGAGGCGAUCAUCGACGUCGUAUUACGGCCAUUGGCUGGCAUUGGGGGCACAAGGGAACGACAGCUCGAGUCCAUAAUUGAAAGAGCUCUGCGGCAGCUGAUACUCGUCAAAAGGUAUCCUCGUUGUGUUUUCCAGGUGACCCUCCAGGUCACCCAAACACAUCGGGGCGACUUGAUAAACGACAAGGCCGUCCAAGCCCACAAAAAACUUGCCUGGGUUGCUUCGCUGCUCCACGCUGCGAUCCUUGCACUGCUGGCCGCCGCCGUACCACUCAAGGAGAUAGCUACUUGCGUGGUUAUAGCGACUCCAAGAGAAGCGAUGGGUCGCGAACCCAUUAGGAACCCUUCCGCUGAGAUAAUGAGCAAAGCGAAGUCUCUACACCUACUGUGCUUCACAACCAGUGGUGCACUUCUCUUGGCCGAAAGUGAAGGAGAAUGUACACUAGAGGAGUGGGACGCAGCCAUGUGCGCGGGUCGCGCUACGUGUUGCCGCCAAUUACCGAUAGGAGAGAUAGGCCCUAAUGUUGGGUUGACGGGCGUGUGAUCCGGCCGGAGCAUAGAUACAGAAGAUGUAUGAUUGUAUUCGUCACACAAAAGAAAAGAAAAAAAGGAAGGUAUAGGUGUUCUAAAUAUAUCUACCCCUUUUCCAAAGAGGAAUAUAGGUCUAGUAACAACCAAUAGAAACACAGG